ACAUUUAUUUUUUACACAGUAGCCGUUAAUAUGCAUUUUGCAAAAUGACAUACGCGACAGCGCGAUCAAUCAUAAUACUUUUCCUCGUGUUGGGCACCAAACCGCUGACAGAAAGUAUAGGCAUUAACAAUUAUUUCCAACUGAUCAACGACGUCCACAGAUAUUAUCGCACGUCGUGUGUUAUUUUCGUGCGGUCUGACAAUUACGAUUUGAACACGACGACAUUGGUGCAUACGUGGUCGCGCGAAUUCUCACGACACCAAGUCAUGACCGUGACCAUAACUUUCUCGGAUCUGACAAGUGAGUACAACGAGUACUGGAAAAACGUCACGCGGCCGUUGUUUGUCGUUCUCCUCGACACCGAAGAGACCAUGGUCGAGUUCGCCGAGACCACGAGGAGCAUAAAGCCCAUCUCUUUUCCCUUUUGGCUCGUUAUAUUUCUUCAGCGUCCUGGGAAUCCUCUCGUGGAGCGCUGCAGACAUCCUACCGAUAACGUAUUCAACGUGGACUUCAGCACCCAGAUGCUGGUUUUAUGCUACGCUCGACCGAUUCUAGUCGAGUGGUACGCCAUUCGCGAUAAUCGCACCAGAACGUUCGACCUGGCCUUGUGGUCCCCCGAUAGAGGUUUACUUUUAAGGACGCGAAAGCCCUUCUACGCUAGAAGGAGCGACAUGUUCGGCGAAGUUGUACGCGUUACGUCCGUGAUCAACUCGCCGCUGAUCUCGCACGAGAACGGUACGGUCGGCGGGUUUUUCGGGCUGUUGCUGACAGAGCUCAGCAAAAUGAUGAACUUCACGGUGGAGAUUCUGGAUCCGGCGGAGGGAUUCGGCACCUGGAGCAAAGAGAAAAAGGUGUGGACAGGUGCGAUUGGCCAGUUGGUGGCCAACGAAGCUGAUAUCGGCAUCUCCGCAUUCGCGAUGACGACUGGCAGACAAAACGUCAUCGACUAUACAAUACCACUGAUGCGCUCGCCAUACCGCCUUUAUUUUAAGGAGCCUAACACAGCCUUGGUGGAAUGGUCUUUAUACUUCAGGGCAUUCAGCUCUAUAACUUGGAUAGCAUUAUUAAUGAUAAUAAUAACAGCUUCUAUUCUAUUGACUAUCAUGAAGACAAAAGGAUACUUUUCGAUAAACUUGAUGUUCGAAAACUAUAUUAAUGUUUGGGGGAUUUAUUGUCAGCAAGGUUUGUCAGUAAUUCUGGCCAUCUAUUCCGCCUCGUUUAUCAGCAUUCUAGUGCUCUGUACGCCCAAACUGCCUUUUUCCACUCUGGAGGGUUACGUUAAGGAUGGCUCUUACAAAUUAAUUGUGGUGCAAAAUAGCGCCCACUACGACGUUCUUAGUCACGUCAAAGAUCCCGUUUUUUUGCAAAUGUACGAACUGCUAAAAGAAAAUCAUUUACCGCUAUCAACGACGGAGGGAUUCAAGCAACUCUGCGAGAGAAACAAGUUAGCGCUUUACGCGGCUGAGGUAUAUGAAGAGCUUAACAUUAUACCGUGUAGAGUCGUAUAUAUUAAGACCGGAAGAAUCGGCAAUGCGGCGAUAACUCUAACGAAAGAUAAUCCUUACACUGGCCUCAUGAAUUACCACUUGCGGAAAUUUCAGCUUAAUGGCGUUAUAAGCAAAUUGAAGAACAAGUAUCACAUACGAAGGAAUCAUCCGAGGGGGGUACAUUACGGUUUUGUCGAAUUAAGCGAUGUAACGCCAGCUCUGACGAUGUUGGCAGGCUGUAUGGUCCUGGCACUUCUUAUCUUGAUAAUCGAGAAAGUGUAUUAUUCGUCUAAAACUUGAUCUAAGAACAACAACCCGAGCAGAAAUCCUGGCAAGCCGCAAGGCAAUAAUCAGGUCCAAACAAAAAUGCGUGAUUUUUUUGUCAGGCCCGAGUCAGGUAAUCUGAAUAUGGCCCUGAUCCGAAAAUAACGCAGCGCAUGAUCAUGCGAAAUGAGGAUUUUAAUCGUAUUUGGUCCUGAAAAGGUUACCAGAUACGGACCAAGUGAGGACAACGUAUGUGAUCCUUAUGAUUUUCUUACAUUUAGAUAUCGCAUUAACUCUUUCGGUACGGAGAAUGACUAUAAUCACUGCAGUCCAUUAUACUGCUCACUGC